AAACUACGUCCAACACGCCCACGGCACGGCACGGCACGGCACGACACGACGAGGUAAUCUGUCUGUCCAUGACUGCACUGCUCUGCAUCCAAUUCGAGUUGGCAAAUAGAACCCCCAGUCCUCUGAACCGCCUGCUACAUAUUAUACGGGCAACCCGUCCACGCUUCUGCUCGCUCCCCAUCAACCUUUGCAUUUCCCCUUCCCCCUCCCCGCUCCGCCCCCGCCCUGGCCAUGUCUCAUCCUCAUCAACCCCACGGCAACGGGGUCAAGCACGACAGCCAUGAUGAUGAUGAUGGUGGCAGCCUCAAGGACAAGAUCAAGCACCCCUUCCACGAGAUCAAGGAGAAGCUCGAGGGCACUCACCUCCACAGCCUCAAGGUCGGCUUGAUCCACAAGAAACAUCAGAUUGGGAAAUUUGCAAACUUGUUCAAUCCCCAGCACCGUCAUGACGAGGAGCAUGAGAAGGCCUGCGAUGAGAAGCGCACGAGGAUAUGCGAGUCUCACCGUUUCAAGUCCUUCUUCCCCGAGCGGGACGGCAACCUGAUCAAGUGGUAUGUGGACGGCCGAGACUACUUCUGGGCCGUGUCAGAGGCCCUGGAAAAGGCCAGGGAGGUCAUCUACAUAGAGGACUGGUGGCUGUCCCCUGAGCUGUUCAUGCGCAGGCCUCCAUAUUACAACCAGGAGUUCAGGCUGGACCAGAUCCUCAAGCGCCGCGCCGAGGCUGGUGUCCAGAUCUACAUCGUCGUCUAUCGAGAGGUCGAGGCCGCCAUAACCUGCAACUCGGCCCACACCAAGCAUGCCCUACAGGCCCUGUGUCCCGAGGGCUCCCCCGGCUACGGCAACAUCAGGAUCAUGCGCCAUCCCGACCACAAUGUUUUCGAGAAUGCCGCCGACAUGACCUUCUACUGGGCCCACCAUGAAAAGUUCCUCGUAAUCGACUACGAGAUGGCUUUCAUCGGAGGUCUGGACCUGUGCUUUGGCCGCUGGGACAACCAUCAGCACCAGCUGUCCGACCUGCACCCCGAGGGCAUCCAGCACGAGGUCUGGCCCGGCCAGGAUUUCAACAACAACCGUGUCAUGGACUUCAAGAACGUCGACGACUGGAAGCAGAACGAGGUCAGCAAGGCCGAAUACGGCCGCAUGCCAUGGCACGACGUCGCCAUGGGCCUGAUCGGGCCCUGUGUCUACGAUAUCGCCGAGCACUUCGUCCUGCGCUGGAACUUUGUGAAGCGCGACAAGUACAAGCGUGACGAGCGUUUUGACUGGCUGGAAUUACGGGGCCGCCAGGGCGAGGACGAGGACCUCGUCGGCGUGCAGCGGCCCAAGCAUCCUGUCGGCGAUUACGUGCUCCACCCUCCCUCUCCGAUGGAAACCAAAAACCUCGACAACAGGGGCUCGAUCCAUGCUCAGGUCGUUCGCUCGAGUGCUGAUUGGUCAAGCGGUAUCCUGACGGACCACUCCAUCCAGAACGCGUAUUCGGAUAUCAUACGCUCUGCAGAGCAUUACGUAUACAUAGAGAACCAGUUCUUCAUCACCGCCACCGGUGACCAGCAGGCUCCGAUCCACAACACCGUCGGCCGCGCCAUAGUGGAUGCUGUCGUCCGUGCCGGAAAGGAGAACCGCAAGUUCCGCGUCAUCAUCAUGAUUCCUGCUAUCCCAGGGUUCGCUGGCGAUCUCCGCGAUGACGCUGCUAUCGGCACACGUGCCAUCAUGGACUAUCAGUACAAGUCUAUCUGCCGUGGUGAACAUUCCAUUUUCGAGCAGGUCCGCAAGGAGGGUGUGGACCCCACGCAGCACAUCUUUCUCUUCAAUCUUCGAAGCUACGACCGGAUCAACGUGACCCCCGCGGUCAAGAAGCAGGAGGAACAGUCAGGUGUCAAGUACCAGGAUGUCCAGCGUGCAGAGGCUGAGGAGAUCAUGGGGUCUGGCAUCCACGGCUCGACGGAUGUGCAUGGCGAAGCGGAUACCCACAUGGACCAGAAGGGUAUUGGCGGGUCCCUCAGGUCCCGUGCCGAGGAAAAGGCACGGCUCAAGGCCGAGGAGCAAAAGCCCGUGGGUGAGGAGCACAGCGAGGACGUGAAAAGGCGGUUUGCAGACGCUAUGCAGGAGGGCCAGGGUGAGUCCAAGUCUUCCGCUAGUGUGGCCCAUUGCGCCAUGUCAAACACAGGCAAGCUCCUUGGCGAGGCCUGGGAGGGCGACGAGGAAGAUGAGGUCAACAACUGGAUCCAGGAGGAACUAUACAUCCACGCCAAGCUCCUCAUUGUGGACGACCGCAUCGUGGUGUGCGGGUCGAGCAACCUCAAUGACCGCAGCCAGCUGGGAUAUCACGACAGCGAGCUCAGCAUCGUCAUGGAGGACACAAACCGCAUCCCAUCCGUCAUGGACGGUAAGGACUUCGAGGCGGGGUAUCACGCGGCAACGCUGCGGAGAUAUCUGUGGAGGGAGCACCUGGGGCUCCUACCACCGCAAAUCAAUGACGCGACCGACGAUCUGAACGCACGACCACCGGGCGAGGACACAAUGAACGACAUCUGGGACCAGGGUGAAGCAGCCGAGAGCUACAAGUUCGUCGAGGAUCCCUUGAGCGAUAAGCUUUGGGAGAUGUGGACGGAGCGGGCAACGGUGAACACCAAGAUCUUCCAGCAACUCUUCCAUGCUGAUCCUGAUGACCACGUCAAAACAUUUGAGGACUAUGAUCUUUUCUUGCCACCAAAGGGUGUCAAAGCGGGCCACAUCUUCGACCGGAUGCAGGACCCUAUUGAGAUACGCAAGAAGUUGGACAAGGUCAAGGGACAUCUUGUAUGGAUGCCCCUGCAGUUUUUGAAGGAUGCAAACAUGGCAGAGACCGGGCUGCAAGUGAAUCAGAUCACGGAAAGUGUUUAUACCUAGUCACAAGUGUGCUAUAAGGUAAUAUUAUUAGUUGAGUGUUGAUAAAAUAAUGUCUUAAUAGUUUUAAUAAAUUAUUAAUUAUAAAUUUUUA